AUGGCGUUGACAGGCCCGCCCAAGGGAUGCGGACCCAGCAUCGGCUCCAUCUACUACAACCUGUGCGACCUGACUGCUGUAUGGGGGGUUGUGGUGGAGGCCGUCGCCGCCACGGGCGUGGUGACCUCUUUCGUCCUGUUCGUUAUCCUCAUGGCCUGCCUCCCCUUUGUGACGGACAAGGCAAGAAAAGGCAUGGUUGCUUUGCAAGCCGGCGUUCUGGUUUUCACCCUCGGACUCUUUGGUCUGGCCUUCGCUUUCGUGGUGGGCCGCUACUCCACCAGCUGCGUGGCGCGGCGUUUCCUCUUCGGCGUCCUGUUUUCGGGCUGCCUGGCCUGCUUGGUCAUGCACGGGCUGUGGCUGGUGUUGCUGCAGAGGCGGGGCCGGGGCCCCAAGAGCUGGAUGCUGUGCCUGGGAGCACUCGCUCUCUGGUUAGUGGAGGUCAUCAUCAAUACAGAGUGGCUUAUUAUUACUGUCAUCCGUAAUCCACCGGAUGGCGUGGACGCCGAGCCGUCUUGUCGUUUCGCCAACCAGGACUUUGUCAUGGCCUUGAUCUACGUGAUGGUCCUGAUGCUCGCCGCCGUGGUGAUAGCCGUGACCUCUCUGACGCACAAGCGUGAGCGCUGGCGCAGAGACGCCGCUUUCAUCCUGGUCACUGGCAUCUUCACUUCGGCCAUCUGGGCAGCUUGGAUCGGCAUGUACGUCGGCGGGAAUAGAGCACUCGGAGACGCCGGCUGGGACGAUCCCACCUUGGCGGUUGCCGUGGUGUCCAACGCCUGGGUGUUUCUUCUGCUGUACGCCGUGCCGGAGAUCUGUUUGCUGACUCGACCUGACCCGGACUUGGAGCCGCCCCAUGACGGCGACCACAUUUACCCGGCUAGGAGCUUGGUCUACGACAACAUCCACAAAGAGCCGGAGCCACCCCAUCAGACUCUGUAUAUGGAAAAUAAAGCCUUCACCAUGGAGGAACCUCCGACAGCGCCAUCCAAGCCGGUGUCGCCCUACGGUGCUUAUAACGGUCAACUGCGAAGUUGCGUCUACCAGCCCACUGAAAUCGCCCUAAUUGCCAAGGGUCUGACCAAGAUGGACCAGGACACAAUGAUGCGCCGCGCCUCAACCUCCUCCUUGAACGCAGGCGUGAGCAACAGCAGCUCGCUGGAUCGCUCAAUGGCCUCCUUAGCGUCCUAG